GUUAUUUUGCAAAAAUGGAAAACGACAGCGUGUUGAAGGAUUUGCUUGCCUCGCAGUUUCUCCACUAGAUUUCGAAUCUAUCACAAUUUGCUAGUUUCCAUCCCAAACCAUCACUCACACAAACCACCAUCUUCUUCCCCAACGCCCACAUUUUUGACACUGCAAAUCCCAUUAAAGCUUCUGUGUUGCUCACUCUCUCUCUCUCUCUCUCUCUCUCCACCAUUUCUACUAACUCAUACCUCUCUCUCCUCCUCAGUAGAACUUAUUUUCUCCAUUUCUAUCCACAAAGCUCUUCUGGGUCAUAAACGCUUUUUGCUCUUAUCAGCUUUUUCGUACAUGGGUCAGUGCACUAUAUUUUCCGUUAUUUACUAGCGGUUUUUGGAUAUUAACCGUUUUGGGAUUCUGGGUUUUUGUUCCUUAGUUUUCCCAAGAGUUUUAGGUAUAUGGGGGUCGUUCUGUUAUAGGUUUAUUCGGUGCUUUUGAGGUUUAACGAACUUUUGGGUUUUUUUUUUUUGAGUUUAGAGCUUCUGUAUUGUCAAUAUGAAAAAUUGGGUUAUUUUUGUUUAGGGUUUAUCAGGCUUUACAAGUUUGUUGCUUCAUAAUUUCGAGGUUUUGGGUCGCACCAAAUGUUGCAUAUAUACUCAAUACUAAGCUUUUGAUUCAAAUUUUUAUUCUUUUGGUUUUGGGUAUUUGGCUUCUUAUUCGUUCUACCUCAUUUGGUAUCUAUUUUGAUCUCUUGGGAAAUUGGUUUCCUGGAAAAUUAGUUCUCAGACUUGAGUGGAAAAUUUACUUCUUUUUGCUUUGGGGUCAAUUUCAAUGCAACAAAUUCAUGGCUGGUGGAGGAAACGGGAGUUUUUGAGUAUGAAAAGUAAGGAAGUUCUCCUAAUAAAACCUGCAGCAACCCCAUGUUAAUGGAGAAUUCGUCGACGGUGCUUGGCUCGAAAGGCCUGAUAAGGAAGCAUGAGUUUGUAAGAAUCAUAAUUCAGUGCUUAUAUUCAUUAGGAUACAGAAAUUCUGCGUCGUGUUUGGAAUCAGAAUCUGGAAUUUCAUACAAAUCCAUGGAUUUUGAAUUGCUUGAAUCACAGUUGCUUAGCGGGAACUGGGAUGGUUGCAUUGAUACCCUUAAUGCAAUCAAGGAUUUGAUGGAUGAGACAAGAGCCUCGGCUUUGUUUCUUGUAUUCAAACAGUGUUUAUUGGAGUGUUUGAAUCGAGGGGAUGAUGCUAUGGCUUUAGCUGUUUUACGAAAAGAGGUUUCUGCGUCAAGGUUGGGCAAAGAUAAGGCUCAAAAACUUGCUCAGAGUAUCCUAUCCUUUAAGGAUGUCCAGUUUGGUGAAAUAGAAGAUAAUGUUGUUCGAGAGCUGCGAAAAAAGUUGUUGGCAGAGUUGGAAAAAUUGCUUCCUCCACCAACUAUGCUGCCUGAAAGAAGGUUGGAACAUCUUGUUGAAACUGCUGUUACUGCCCAAAUUGAUUCUUGUAUGUAUCACAAUACACUGGAUGCAGUUUCACUUUAUGAGGACCAUUGCUGUGGUAGGGUUCAGAUCCCCACGGAGACUGUUCAGAUUUUGAAGGAGCAUAAGAAUGAAGUUUGGUUUGUACAAUUUUCUAAUAAUGGGGACUACUUAGCCUCUUCGUCAAGUGAUUGCACAGCCAUCAUAUGGCAGGUGCUGCAAGAUGGUAAAUUAAUGUUGCUGCAUACUCUACGAAGCCAUCAAAAUCCUGUAUCCUUUGUAGCAUGGAGCCCUGAUGACACAAAGCUGCUGACAUGUGGAAAUGUGGAAGUCCUUAAGCUAUGGGAUGUAGAAACAGGUACAUGCAAGCAUACUUUUGGAGAUGAUGGCUUCAUUGUCAGCUCAUGCGCUUGGUUUCCCGACUCAAAGAGACUUGUUUGUGGCAGUUCUGACCCUGAAAAAGGCAUCUAUAUGUGGGAUUGUGAUGGCAAUGAGAUAAAAGCAUGGAAGGGGAUGAGAAUGCCCAAGAUUUUAGAUUUGGCAGUGACACCAGAUGGGGAAAAUCUGAUCAGUAUAUUCUCAGAUAAAGAAAUCCGGAUAUUAAAUUUAGGAACAAGUACUGAGCGGGUUAUAUCAGAGGAGCACCCAAUCACGUCACUUUCAGUUUCUGGAGAUAGUAAGUUUUUUAUGGUGAACCUUAAUAGCCAAGAGAUUCAUAUGUGGGAUGUUGCUGGGAAAUGGGAUUCACCAUUGAAAUACAUGGGCCACAAGCAACACAAGUAUGUGAUACGGUCUUGCUUUGGUGGGUUGAAUAGCUCAUUUAUUGCUAGUGGUAGUGAGAAUUCACAGGUUUACAUCUGGAAUCGGCGAGACACUAGGCCAAUUGAGGUUUUGUCUGGGCAUGAUAAAACUGUGAAUAGUGUCAGCUGGAAUCCUAGGAGACCUCAAAUGUUGGCAUCUGCAAGUGAUGACCAAACUAUCCGUAUAUGGGGACCUAGCCUAUCCAAGAAGAUUCAGGCUAAUAAACUCAAUUGAACAGACCAGAUUGUUCAAUUUUAAGCCAGUGUAUAUAGCGUAUAUAUUCUUUUCAAUAGCUUAUUCGUUCAUGGGUUUGUAAUAAAUUUUGGUGCACGUCUACAUUUGUAGAUUCCAUUUCUUGUGGUUGUCCUUUUCUAUUGCAUUUGUUAAGAUGUUGGAGUCG